GCGCGUAUUGUUGGCUUGCUAGAGCCAGUGAAAUGACAGAGAGGACAGCAGGCAGCUGUGGAAUUAUCCUCAUUAUGAUGGGUUUUUGGAUAAAAGGGACAAGAACAGCAUCACGGGGAAACGACUAUCUGGUACAGUGAAGCACCCGCUUGUCUGCGCUCAUCCAACAUCUCGCGAGAUUUCAGAUAACGAGCUGGUUUAAAAAGGUGGUUCCCCUGCUGCACCGGGCUGACAGCAGAGAGCUGCCCAGGUAGCCAGCGUCGGUACCGAAGACUCCCGCCAGACGCUUCCUCCUCUCUGCGUGUCUCCGCUGGUGUCCCUGGAGGUGCAAGCGUUUGGCGAAUCCACCCGCCUCCUCACCCCCCACCCCCAUCUCCGGUCACCUCAGCUCUCCUCUACCGGCAUUUUUCAUCUCCCGUCUCCGAAGAUGAUACCUGGAAAACGAAGAGCUGCAGUCAUGUCCUUCUCGGUGGCGAUAUUUGGAGCACUUAUGCUGCAGUCCGUGUCUUCGCAGAACGAGCCGUCAAUCACCGCCUCUGAACACACCACACUUCCUGUGGAGGGCGAUGCUUUCACACUGCAGUGCAACCUGACCAGCGCCCACAGUGCCCAUCAGGAGAGCUACUGGAUGAAGAACGGCGAGGAGAUCCCGGAAACACGUGGAACAAGCAGGAACACCGAGUACAAGCUGGUCAAACCAAGAGGAGAUGACGCCGGAGUUUACAUGUGUGUCUUCACCUUCGACAUGUCUCCUCCAGCCAAUGCCACCAUCGAGGUUAAAUCUGCUCCUGAGAUCACAGGCCACAAGCGCAGUGAGAACAAGAAUGAGGGUCAGCGUGCCGUACUCUACUGCAAGUCUGUGGGCUACCCUCACCCUGUGUGGACCUGGCGCAAGUUUGACAACGGUGUUUAUAGGGAAAUCGACAACUCCACCGGCCGCUUCUUCGUCAGCAGCAGCGACAACUACACUGAGCUCCACAUCAUUGAGCUGGACAUCGGCCUGGAUCCGGGCGAGUACAGCUGCAACGCCACCAACAUGAUCGGCAGCCGUGAGGAGAAGUCUGUGCUGAGAGUCCGCAGCCACCUGGCCCCAUUAUGGCCCCUCUUGGGGGUUUUGGCUGAGAUCAUCAUCCUGGUCAUCAUCAUCGUUGUUUAUGAGAAGCGUAAGAAGCCUGAGGAUUUACAAGAUGAUGAUGACCCAGCUGGACCAGUGAAAACUAAUUCAACUAACAACCACAAAGACAAGAACCUCCGUCAGAGAAAUACAAACUGAACAGCCUGUCUGCUGAGUUACAUUCAACAUGUAUUGACCACAUGAAGGUAAACAAGAAAGGAAUCCAUACCAGUUGUUAAUAGGAUUAUCUGCCAUUAAAGUAUGGUUACGGAGGAGUUCAGUGAGGCAUGCCUUAUGAUUUUGUUGUGCGAGGUUCAGGAGGUACUCAAAUGUUAACAUUAUAACCAUUGUUGCUGCAUGCAGGUGUUGACGUUUAUGAUUUGACAUUUAUCCAAUGAUUUUACACUUCUACUACUUCUAAAAUAAUGCAUGCAAGAUCUUGACCUUCUGUUUGAAGGCACAGAUGUUUUUUCUUCAUUUGUUUUCUUGAUCUUUUUUUUUCUUUUGGUUGCUCUUUCCUCUGAGAGCAGCUUCAUGUAGAUAAUCUGUGUGCAAAAACAAAACUGGUCAAUGUAAAAGAGAAAUGCCACCAUAAUCUGGUAUGACAGUCGUGUAUAGUUUUCUCAUUCUGCUGCAUACCAUUUUCUAAGUUUAUCAUUUUAUCAGAAUAUAUCUCUUACAUUUAAGGGCUUUGCAAUGUCCCUCUAAUAAAUUUGGUUAAGGUUGACCUUACUGUAUGUAUGUACUGUGUUAAAUCACUAUAACAAUGUAUCAGAUCACCAUUAUUAUAAAGACUAUUCAUAUGAUAUGAUGCACUUAAAUGUUGAGAAUUACAAAAACUGUAUAAAGCUAAUUAAGGAGAUCUGUACUAAUCAUUUUAACAUGUUUUAUAAUUAUGUGUAUUGUACAGCAUGGCUAUUAUCCUAUGCAAUUAUUAUCCAUAUCAAUAUAUUGAAAACCAUUGCAGCUUUUGAUUUCUCUGUGAUAAAGCUUUAAACUAGUAGGAUCACCGUAGAGCGCUGACAGCAUACUGCACAGCUGCAUGAAUUCUCUCUCCGGCUGAUGUGGGAGGUGAAGAAAAGACCCACGCCAUGGCUGGCACAUGUGAAGCAAUUGCAAGAAUCGCAACUCAUUUUUAAGAAUAAAUAUCUGAA